AAAAAAAAAGAAACCAGGAUUAUCACUGAUUAUUUUGUAGCAGUAUUGUAGCGGACACGAAACUGUGCACCCGGGCUAUGCAAACAAGCUCCUUCUACUUCCGCGCUUGGUGAAAAAAAAUUAUCAAGUAAAUCAUUAGAAUCAGCAUAGUACAAGCAACACUCCGAACGAGGCCUUAUGGUUCGGCUUCGCCACAUUACGAUUCACAGUGCGGUGAAGCCCACACUCACAACAGGGAUGCGCCUGACGGAUCUCCAAAACGUUUUUCGAUAAAACUAUCGCGCUUGCUUCGUUCUUACGAUGCUAAAGAAAAAUAAUGGCUAAUCGUGUCACGGCCGCCUCAUUCAACACCGCAUGUUGACGUUCCGUGGAGAGCGGCCGGGAGUAUUAAAAAAAAAGAAAAAGAAUGUGGGGCAGCCAAUCGCCAACUGGCUCGGCAGCCGUCAGCGACACCGCCGAUUCGUUCAUGUUUCCUGUGCUUUCUGUUUGUGUUGGCUUUAAGCGCAACUGUCAGGCGCGUUCAUUCUCCUCCUGCCGAGCUACCACACCGCACUACAUCCAAGAUGCAGAUGCUCACAGUGCCAGUCGAGACGACCGUCUACCUGGGUGCCGUGGGUGUGAUUUUGGUGAUGCUCGGAGUGUUCUACCUCUACCUGAGCAAGAAGGUUUGCUUCACGACCAUUGGAGGCUUCCCGUGCUGCGAUGGUGCCGUAUCGUCUCGUGAACGCGAGCGACAGGUGAUCGCCAGAAACUUGGGGGCAGCGUAUGCCUACGAUGACGUCGAGUCAUCAUCAGAAAGCGACGAAGAAGUCAUACAACAACUGCAUCAUUCUGCCAGCCUGCAGGGGGGCUUUCUCAACAGCACAUCAGCCCGAAAAGUGUCAAGCAUGGGCCACUCCACUGACCAUGCACACGGCAAUGGGCACCUGCCUCAACCAGAUUUGGUUUCCCUUGCGGAGAACGGUCGUGCCGUAUCUACGGGGGCAGAGGCAGCGGAAGCGGCAGACACGAGCAGGGCUUCUUCCAAGCCAGUACAAGGAACUUCUACUGUUCGCACCGCUUUACAGUACGAGAACGGUGCUUUCCUGAAGGCCGAAGACUCUCCACUUUCAUUGGCAGCAUGUGGAGGAACUGACGAGCCCAUGCUACUUGACUUGGCUGAAGAGGAGUUGAGGUGCGUCGCCGAGGCGUCCGGUCUGCACGGUCCUGGUCCUUCGGAGCAGACCACCCGCUGCGGUGCCCUUGAGCUCAUGUUUGAGUACAAUGAGUCGGCCCGCAAGGUCAUGGUCACGGUCCUGAGGGCACAUGACUUGCCCAGUCGAGACCGUGGAGGGGCUAAUAGCGUACAAGUACGGCUAUUGCUGCUGCCUCAUAAAAGGCAAAAAUUCAGAACAAAAAUAAAACAAGCUGGCGAAGAUAUGACCUUCAACGAAACCUUCGCCUUCACGCGCAUCAGCCCUGAGGAAGUGAACACUAUGGGGCUGCGUGUACGGUUGUACGGGUGCGAACGCAUGCGCCGGGAGCAUCUCGUCGGGGAGACCGUGCUGCCUUUCCAGUGCCUGGCUCUUGACCAGCCUUCCACCAUGUGGCUCAUGCUGGAGCCACGGUCUAACCUGGCUCAUUGGGAUUCCAAGUGUGAGAUUUCCAGCUUGGCCCGAUCAGACUCGACAAGUUCGGCGCAGUCGAUGCAGCACGGAGGUCUUCCAGAACUGCUGCUAGGACUCGCCUACAAUGGCACAACCGGGCGCCUCGCUGUCGAGGUGAUCAAGGGUAGCCACUUCCGCAAUGUCACCAUGAACAGGGCCCCAGACACUUUCGUCAAACUUACGCUGAUGUCUUCGAGUGGUCAAGAGAUAACCCGAAGCAAGACGUCCGUUCGGCGGGGACAGCCGAAUCCUCUCUUCAAAGAAACAUUUGUGUUCCAGGUUGCCCUCUUUCAGUUGCCAGAUGUGACGCUAAUGGUUUCUGUUUACUACAAGCGGUCCAUGAAGCGAAAAGACAUGAUUGGUUGGUUCUCGCUGGGCCUUAACAGCUCUGGUGAAGAGGAACUCUCACACUGGAAUGACAUGCGUGAAAGCAAAGGAGAACAGAUGUGCAGGUGGCACGUGCUCCUCGACAGCUAGCAAGCUGAGCUCGUCCACAGGGCGACUUCGCUUCCAUGCCUGAAGAGAAGGACAAGUCUUGCAGAGUCGGCUCAGUGAGAACAAGGUUGAGAUCGAGGAAGCUGCCUGCCUCCGGGAAGACGGGAAGUGCGUACUUAUCUAAGCUCGUCUUGAGUACGGUACACAUUUUUCGGCUGUUACCUUCAGAAGAAAAUAAUUUCGGCGUCUCCUUAGCCAGUUCUCUUGUUACUCAAAUUACACAAACAUUGCAAGACUGCACUCUCAAUGUUGCGUCGGUUUGCUCAUUCAUAACUUGAGAAAAAUGAGAAAAUCUGACGCGAGCGCGAUUGUUCGAGCAGCACCAUUUUGUCGUACGAGUGCAAGUAUGGCGGAAGCCUUUCCCAAAAGAUCAAGACUGUUGUCGCACACAUCUGGUAUAAUCACCUGAUUUGCGUGACGCUUUCCGGAAGACACGUAGAACAUAUUGUUACCUCUUCUUAUGCACCGAGUCUGGUGAGAUGUAUUAUAUACGGUGCUUCCGACACCGUCGGUGUUAUCUUCCCGCAUGGCAGUGCGCGAGACCUCCUCAUGUCUUGACUUCAGCACCAUUGCUCUUCAAACUCAACCAAUAUAUUGAAGCCACUCAUGAAAUAUGUAAACACAAUGUGUGUUCCCCUCCCAUUUUAUGUCUUCUUGAGGUUGGCUUUAAGAUCAGCCAAAGCACUCUUUAUGGGAAGGAUGCAUGUGGUCCACGUGAAGUAUACUCAAACAUAUCUGUGCUCAGAGACUGUGCAAACCUCCGAGGUGCACAUAGUGCACAUUUUUGUAUGUGCAAAUGGAGUCGCAUAGACUUUCUUUGACAUUUGCAUACAGCAUGACUGGUCGCUGCUUGUGGAUGGUGACUUAAUUUGUGAGCUGUGUGUGUGCGAGGAAUGCACUGGUUGAUAGUCUGUACAAGGAUUUUUUAUAUAUGUGAUUGGUUUGAAUGUCAUAAGCAUGUUUUUCAUGUGCAAAUAGGGUCAUAUAGACUUUCUUCGAGGUUUACAUGCAGCAUGACCGGUCGCUGCAUGUGGAUGGUGACUAUUAUUUAUUUAUUUAUUGUAUUUAUUAUAUUGUGAGCUAUGUGCAUAUGGAAGGAAUGAACUGGUUGGUUGUUUGUACAAAGUACUUAAUCAUUUAUUUCAUUUUCUUCGCAUAUGUGUUUUGUUGAAUGUCAUACAUGUUUUGUUUGCAUGUGCACAUGCAGUCACAUAGACUUUCUCGGUAUAUUAUAUGCAGCAUGGCCGGUCGCUGCUUGUGGACAGUGGCUAUUAUCUGUGAGCUACGUGUGCAUACAAACAAUGCACUGGUUGUAGUUUGUACACAUAUUUGUCUGUCUCAUUUAUUUGCAUAUGUGUUUUUGUUUGAAUGUCAAAAGUUGAGUGUUUGCCUGGCGUGCUUUGUAAAACAGAUGGCCAGGAUUUUGGCGCUUUAUUUGAACCCAUGUCUGGCCUAACGUUUUUCUUUCUUCCUUCUCAGUAAGUGUUUGUUGUAGUACAGCUCUAACCUGAGGAUGUGAUUGAAAGGACUUUGAUAUUUGGUAUUGCUGAUCUAUAGUAGCAACAUGAGAGUUUCAGUAUGAAAUGUGUUAUUAGAACACUAGGUUAUGCAGGAAGGAGACUAAGUAAAGACCACAAAUAGGUGAAACAGUUUGCACAAUAAAAGUAGCAAACAAACAAAACAAAAAAAAGAUUGUGUUAAGCUGUCCUAAGAAUCUUGUUCACAAAUAGAACCUCCUCUUGAGCGCGUAAGUUGUGACACUUAGCAGGUUUGAUGUUCGGAUGUUUCACACUGUUUGUCGGGAAAUCAGUUUUUUAUGUGAACAGUCUUGAAUAGCACAUCCCACAACAUAGUUUCUUGUGAUGCCUUUAGCUACCCCGUAGCCUUGCACUUUCUAGUCAUUGAGUGCUCCAAAUACGUAUACUACGUACAUGUGUCAUUGUGUGUGUAUAACUGUCAGGGCUGCCUCCUUGACAUAAAAUUUUCGUGUUGAGUGAGUUUUGACGGAAAGUCAUGUGGUGACCAGGUAUAUAUUUUACUAUGAGUAAGUUUUUGGCUUCUCGGUUUCGUGAGUUUUAGGUUAAAAAUUUUGCUUUUCUGUAUAAUACUGUCGAUUGCUGCCCACAGAAGUACACAUAAUCGCCGAGUAAUCAACUUUUAAAGUUUGCAAAACUGUUUCGCUGUUUCUUUUUCAGCAUUUAUCAGAGCGCUAUCUAGCUGCCAUUUUGAGUCAUGAUUCAACUGCAACCCUGAGUCUGCCUGCAAUGUUGUGAGCACAUGUUAUUCACUUCAUACCACUAAACAUUUUCCGAGGCAGCUUGUACAAACUGUAAGUUCACUAGAGGACAAUGAAAGUGUAAACUUGAGAGCCCUCAUUUUUUCUCAUUUAGCGCUAAUCACAGACACUAAUCACUAACUGGACACUAAUAACUAAUCGGAGACGUAGCUUUCGUUUCAGCUUUUAAGCAUGUAUCGCGAUACCAUUGUAAUGUGGCUGCUGAACACUGUAGCACUGCUGUAAUAGUCACCAACAUAGCCGUACGAUUAUGAGAACAAAGAUAUGAUCACCCAUUACUAAAUUGUCCUAGGCACAUUCUACGUAGGCAGCGAUACGAUAGGGAGUUUCGUUGAAUUGAUUCUCAUCAAACUUUUUCAUGUUUCGUACUCACGCCCAUAGAAACUUCAAUAUGAUAAAGUGAUGAAAGCAUUUCGUUGCUUCUUCAUUGAUACUGGCAUCUGCGAUGAACACCGAGUUGACAGAGUCACAUGCGUGUCUCAUACCUGUGGGCCUGGAAAACUUGCAGACUUUGUUAUGAGAAUUUUUUGAUAGACAUCUUCCCUCGCUUAAUGCAAGAAUCGAUCUCUUUUUUUUUGUUUAUUAUAUUAACCAGGUGUAAAGGAAUAGCCAUCACCAGCAAGAGGCAGCAAUAGCCCCUUAGCUUGUUUGUACAUUGAUUAAAAAAAAAAAAGAAAGAGAGACAGAAAGAAGGGAAGAAAAACUGAAGUUGCAGUCUUCAGGAGCUGUAUUUUGCAGAGCAGGCAGCCCUGACGUGCGUUGCCUCUCGUGUCUAAACAUCUUCGGUCCCCGAGCGCAGUUCUCAAAAGUUUGGGAAAUAUUCUGGCCGAGGACACAGUAUCACUCUCGCCUAGGGCUGAGAUGCCCAGCAUCAGUGCUGGUGGUUGUCCCUAUGGGAGUGUGGAAGCCUUUCUUUCUCUCGCCUGUUGUCCCGCUGUUGGGCCUUGUACGAACACACGUUUAUAUAUUUUGCAAACACGUUUGGCAGCCUAGUCUGCUUCGAUUUUUUUUUGUCUUGAGCUUAAGCCACUGCCGGCUUUGCAGCGCCCCAAGAAGCAAAAUUAGCGCAGCAACAAGUUGGCCCAACGUGCGUAUCAACUUAGUAAAAGCUAGUAGAAGUGCUCUGCCCAGUCAUGCCAGAAGUGGUUUUCUGAUAUGCCAUUGAAAUAAUGGUAAAAUAAUUGGCUCGAAUCGUACAUGCGGCCAACUUGUCGGGUGUUGAGCCAAUCUGUUGCGACAAGCUUUGUGUAAUACGAAUGCUACAAUGUGAUAACAUUGCAUAAGCUCACUUUUUUUUUGCCAACCCUCAACAAACCUAUACAAUACUGGUCUGGUUGUUUCACAUUGCUUUGAUAGUGAUCUGAUAGCCGUAUAAAACAUGAAUAAUGGAGGUUCUGCAUGAUGCAUCGUCAACCAACUCAGUAGCACUCUUCUGAAUGUUAAAACGAUAGAAGUGUGCUUAUAGCCGCAAUGUUUAAAUGCUUUGUUAUGCGACCAUUAAAGCGUUGCAGGAGAAAUAAGAAACGAUCCAGUUGAUUCAUACUUGUAAUCAGCAUAUAAAAAUGACAGAGAUGGGUGUGUUUCUGUCGUUUCUGCAUAAACAUCUGUUUCUGUCAAUUUUCCAAGCUGGUUCUAAGUACUAGUAUACAUCAAUUCUAACUCUUCCAGCUUCCUACUUUACUACAGUGAGCCGUACGUUGAGCUGAACUUAAUUUUCUGGCAAUGCUGACUUCCAGUGGAAGACGAGUGAGCUUCCAGUGAUUGGCUGUUGGCUAUGUGCACUUGGGGCGUUGCAGGACGCUGAUGUGCAAAGGUAGUUCCCACGUGCAUAUGUGCUAACGCGGAGCUCAAGUUUAGUGUGGUUCAUAUUGAACUGUCAAUUAAGUGUUGAGCCGUGUUUUCUCGUGUGUUGUGCCACCCCAGCUGAUGUAUCGUGUGCAGACACGCCACAUAUAAGCGGGUGCAGUCUGGUGCAUCGACUUCCCGGACUUACGUGAGAGUCACAGCAUCCCCUUGAAAUGCACGCCGUUGACGUUGCGAAAUGCAUAAUAAGCACAGUGCCCCCUCCUCGAUAUGUAAAUGUUGUUAACCUUGUUUGUUUCCAGCAGUUGCAGCAGGUUAGCUUAACCUGCUGUUGACUUGCCGUUGACCAUAAGCCCUGACGUAGAUGGUAGCCAUUUUAACAUUUCCACUGGCAUCUAAUUUUGUGAAAUGAAUGACCUCGACCUUUUACAAAGUACUUCUUCCUGGCAGUGUUCUGCCCUGGGGUAGCAUGUUAAUGAGCUAUAAUUACAGUCCCUCAUCAACAGCAUGAGCAUGCUUUUGCAAACUUCAUGCUUUUUUCUUUUCUACCCGCAUCGAGGCAUUUGCCGGUAAGGUGCAAGACGGAGUUCAAAGCAAAAUUUUUAGGGAGUCUUAUUCUCUGAUUUCGCAAACUUGGCUAAACUUGCUAUGUAGUUUUUGUCAUUCAAGCUGCGAAAAGCUUGAUGCGUGUUCACUGUUUUGUUUUUAGGAGUGCCAGGGGAAGUGGUUAGAAGUUUUCUUUAUUGCUGCAAAGUGUUGCUGAAUGUACAUACUUAAAGACGAUAGACAGCACAAAUACGUAGACACAUCCAAACCAAACAAUAUGUAAGACAAGCACAAACACACACUGGCAAAGGCUACGAAAUAAGCAGAAAAGGCAUGGCGUGUAAAGCAUGUGUGUGAAGAAACUACAAGAAGUCAGUAGCCACACAUGCACGUAAAAAAAACUGUCUUUCUAUUACACAAUGCUCUCACUUGUUUUUUCCUACAUACACCUGUUUGAGAAUGUGUCUACUUAUUUUGCGCUACCUAUAGAUCUAAGUAUGUCUAACACAAUACUCCAGUAACAAGUUCUACUAGAUUGUGUGUUUCAGCUGUUGUGCCAAUGUUUUUGAGUUCACAUGCUACAGUUUCUUAACACUCAACUUGUGAAUGCCUCAGACAUAUUGAAGCUGGAAGUAUUUCUGGUACCACGUACACGUGACAAUCUAUUGUUUCCUGGUUGUACCAUUACUCAGGAUGUAAAAGAUAUCACAUCGUUGCUGAUGUCUUUUGCAUUGCUGUUGUGUGUGAAUCUGUUAAAGUGCGUGCCAAGUUAAAAAGUUUGUGUAGGAUGAUUCCAGGCACUAAAAAUAUAAAUGGAAGAAAGCUGGCAUGAACAGGUCAUAAGUUUGUGGUCAAAUAAUACCGACUUUGAAGCUAACGUGUUUUCAUGUUAAGGAGUGGUUUCAGCCAAAAUCUUUAUGACUAGUAGUUUAAGCUUAAGCUUGCAUCAACUAGAGAGCAUGCAGUCUACAUGUUUAGUAGUUGAUUUCAAGCAUUUUCUGUUGAAUUUUUGUUACUGCACAUUUGGUUUCAAUGGGCAAAUGUUCAAAUUCGAAGUAGUGUGUGUCACUUAUAUACUGACAAUUGCCUGCCUAGGAAGUUAGAUCGUUAACCGCAGUGAUCUUAUCUUCUUAAAAAUUGGUGAUUUAUGUAUGUAGUGUGUUGAGACUCUUGCAACUUAUUUGUUUGUGCCGAGAAAUGUGUGCUGCUUGUCAACUGGAUGGAUGUAUUUGGCAAGCUGUCGGCUGCAGCUUGCACCAUAAAUAUGAAAUGUGAUAACUUUCAUGUCUCUUCUUCUGUUCCCAGAAACAUUCAUAAGACUUCUUCUUCUUGUGCUUGUAUUUGUAUUGCUAAAAGGCAAUGUAAAAGGGUGCAGGGGGGACAGUCAAGAAGCGUUGUACUCUUGUAUGUUUCUUUGUUUUUCUGUGUUUCACCAAACAAACUUAACGGAAGUUCACAAUGUGGAGGAAGAUCAGCAGCAAUCAGUUUUCUAAAACAUUGAGUUAUAUAAAAAUUUGCCCAUGCCCUGCAAUCCACAGUAAAACCUUGUUGUAAUGAAGUUCUAUGUGAUAUGCUACAAUCUUUUGUGUGUCCAGCAUUCCUAUUCGUAUGACUGUUUCGACGUCAUUAUACCCAAUGAUUUGUUGCAUGUGGUGGUUUGUUCCAUCAUAUUGCUUAUUGCAUCUGAUAGUUUGUUAUAUAAAGGUUUGACAUGCUAACCUCCCGGUUUAACUUUGCAAUCUCAUCCGAUGUUCGUUAAAUACAAACCUUUUAUGGUUACAUCCUUAUAUCCAAUUAUUUGUGACAUCUGGUGAUUUAUUAUAUCCAACAAUUUGUGAUAUUCAAUUAUAUUUCCUCUGUGAUAUUUUUUUAGAGGUUUCCUUACUAGCCUCCUGGUUUUACUAUGUUGUGUCAUUUAACAGUCCUUGUAAACAUACAAUCGUUUCACACUGAUGACCGUGAGAAACCUUUUAUGUGUAUGUCACUGUAUCCAGUGAUUCAUUAUCCAUUACUGUGUUAUAUCUAGUUAUAUUUGCUGUAUCAAGGUCUGACAGUCAAGCCUCCUGAUUAAGCUCUGUUGGCAGAGCAACUGCGCCGGAAAUGUGAUGGGGCUGGGUUCACUGCACAGAGCAGAAUUGCUUACCUAUGCUUCAUCUGCGAAGAUUUCCGAGAAACCUGCAGGAGUUUUCUUUUGCUGUGUCACAUCAACCUCGGCCGAACGCCAACUUUCGUGUUCAUGUCUCCUCUUUGUGAGCAUACAGGUGCUUCAAGUAACAUACUUCACCUCAGAGGGCAGAUAUUCUGGGUUUCACCGCUCACGACGGACGAAAUCCGCCUGGGUAAACAAGAGACCACGUUUUAUUUACGCGUAUAUCGCGUUCACAGCGUGUGAUAUUUUUUUUCUUUGUCACUCGUAAUUCAUCGUGGUUUUGUAACUUCACUGGCACUGUGUUUGUGAUCUCUGCACUGCACACUUGACCUUUCUUUGUCCUUCUGCACUGCACUGUCAUGAAACAAUGUAAUUCCAUGUGAAUCUCACAAAAUUUAGAAUGAUUGACAGUUCGGUAUAACAGUGCACAAGUAAUGUGUUAUCUAGAUAUCGAACUGUCUAAUGUUGUGUCAGCUGAAAUAUAUUUAAAGAUUGACAUAUUCAAUUUGCGUACGUCAGUUGUGACCGUGUGAGUAUCAACUGUGUCUGUGAAUUUUUUUUUCCAAUGUUGAACUUGUCUCGUUCUCCUUUGGUUCUUGCAAAAUGUUUCGCUUAACUAAAGGUGGCAUCAGCAGGCUUGGCGUACUGAACAUACCACGCGUCGCCAAUCAAGGUUGAUGUCCUGUUGACAUCGCAAUUUUGUCCUGACGUGCGAGUCGAAACAGUGGUUGCAUUAGAUGCAAUGAGGGUAAAGCUCACAUCAGAGCAUUCACAUACCAUGUAACGAAAUUAAGAAAAAAAAUGGUGUCACUGUGAUAAUGUGACAUAAACAUGCUUACGCAUUUAAAAGUGUGUCACUUAUGGAUCGAUUGAUGUGCACGAGCCAAAAAGCAAGAGCAAAGUGCUUCAGUGUCAGCGUCAAUGAGAAUACUGUUGCUUUAAAGGAACACCAAAAAAAUGCGAGUUUAGUAACCCAAGCCUGUGUAGUACACCUUCGAAGACUUGCCACACGGCUAGAUUCUAAGCGCUAACUGUCAUGUAUUGAUUUGAUAAGUGCGCAUUUUACAACCUGUGUCAUGCGACUCGGUUGUGGUUCAGUGCCGUGAUUAUUAUGCACAUUGGUUAAAAGAAAGCUGUUAUCUGCACACCAAUAACAACGGGAAGAAAACAUUUGCCAAGUUUGUCGAACUCCAAACCCAAAGCAAUGUACGUGGCAAGCCCAGGUUGUAGGUCACUUGUAGCAGAUGUUGUUACGGGGGCAAUUUUUUUUUUAAGAAAAGAAGUUGCCUUUGUGCGUGCGCAUAUAAAUAUAUAUAUUACAGUUCCCACACACUGUUGACUGUUGCUUAUGGACAAAUCAUUCUGUAAGAGCCUCCUUUCUUUGUUGCACAUUAAAUAAUGUUUGAAAAA